AUGACAGAAGAAGUAACAUAUGCUAAUCUGAAAUUUGGAAACAGCUAUGAAGUGGAUAAUAUCACAGAGCCUGAAGUUACUAAGGAAAAAGGGCCUCCCACUUCGUCUCGUUCUUGCUGGCCAGUAAUCCUGGUUUUGUUCAUCCUGUGCCUGGCAUUGCUGAUGGCGCUGGUGACCCUCGCAGUUUUAUUUUUCCAGAUUUCCAAGGACUACGGGACACAACUUAGAGACCUCAACAUAACAAAGAAUGAGCUGCGCACAAAUUUCUCAAAUAUGCUGCAAGCAAUAGGAAAUCAGCUGUGCUUGGAAGGGCAAAAAAACUUUAAAAAUAAUGGCCAGAACUGUGUACUCUGCCCUGCAAACUGGAAGUGGGAAGGUGGUGAUACAUGUUACUACCAUUCUGAGGAAAAGAAGUCUAUGGAACAGAGUCACCAGUUUUGUUCCUCACAAAACUCCACUCUUCUUCUGAUAAAACAGAAAGCAAAGCUGGAAUUGGUAAAAACAUUUAAUAGAAGAGUAUACUGGCUUGGAUUAACAUAUAGAACUGAACAGAGAGACUGGUAUUGGGCGGACAACACAGCUCUUACGAAAGAACAAAAGUCUUGGACAGUAGAUAUAAACCCUCACAGAAAAUGUGGAUAUUUUUAUUAUACUGCCAUAUAUAGCACAAGAUGUGAAGAACCGAAUUACUAUAUAUGUGAAAAGCCCGCCACCCAAUUACAGCGAGGAAACAACCAUUGGCAGGAGGACUGGUUUGUCAGCCCAAAAUGA